AUUUUGAAGCGGAGAGGAGGAGGAACGGCCGGGCUGGCUGCGGAAGGGGAGGGGGGGAGAAGGCGAUUGGAUGCGGCGGCGGCGGUGGAUCCCGGAGAGCCGCGGAGUGAGAGGAGUAGCGAGUCGGGCACCCGGAGUUUCGGUUUAGAGAAAAACCUUGUUUGCUGCUGUUGCUGGUGCUGCUGUUGGUUUUUGGUAGAGACGUGAAAGCUAACUCUAAGUAGCUCGACAGUUAUUUGGAGGAAUGACUGAACCCUGAAACGCCUCCCUCGUCUUCGGAACUGCAGGCUGCUGCGUUCCUUGCCGCGGACUGGGGGUAGAAAUAUUUCUGUCAUGGCUCACUCAAAGACUAGGACCAAUGAUGGAAAAAUUACAUAUCCGCCUGGGGUCAAGGAAAUCUCUGAUAAAAUAUCUAAAGAGGAGAUGGUGAGACGAUUAAAGAUGGUUGUGAAAACUUUCAUGGACAUGGAUCAGGACUCUGAAGAAGAAAAGGAACUUUAUUUAAACCUAGCUUUACAUCUUGCUUCAGAUUUUUUUCUCAAGCAUCCUGAUAAAGAUGUUCGCUUACUGGUAGCCUGCUGCCUUGCUGAUAUUUUCAGGAUUUAUGCUCCUGAAGCUCCUUACACAUCCCCUGAUAAACUAAAGGAUAUAUUUAUGUUUAUAACAAGACAGUUGAAGGGGCUAGAGGAUACAAAGAGCCCACAAUUCAAUAGGUAUUUUUAUUUACUUGAGAACAUUGCUUGGGUGAAGUCAUAUAACAUAUGCUUUGAGUUAGAAGAUAGCAAUGAAAUUUUUACUCAACUAUACAGAACCUUAUUUUCAGUUAUAAACAAUGGCCACAAUCAGAAAGUUCAUAUGCACAUGGUAGACCUUAUGAGCUCUAUUAUUUGUGAAGGUGAUACAGUGUCUCAGGAGCUUUUGGAUACAGUUUUAGUAAAUCUGGUACCUGCUCAUAAGAAUUUAAACAAACAAGCAUAUGAUUUGGCAAAGGCUUUACUGAAGAGGACCGCUCAAGCUAUUGAGCCAUAUAUUACCAAUUUUUUUAAUCAGGUUCUGAUGCUUGGGAAAACAUCUAUCAGCGAUUUGUCAGAGCAUGUCUUUGACUUAAUUUUGGAGCUCUACAAUAUUGAUAGUCAUUUGCUGCUUUCUGUUUUACCCCAGCUUGAAUUUAAAUUAAAGAGCAAUGAUAAUGAGGAGCGCCUACAAGUUGUUAAACUACUAGCAAAAAUGUUUGGGGCAAAAGAUUCAGAAUUGGCUUCUCAAAACAAACCACUUUGGCAGUGCUACUUGGGCAGGUUUAAUGAUAUCCAUGUACCAAUCCGCCUGGAAUGUGUGAAAUUUGCUAGCCAUUGUCUCAUGAACCAUCCUGAUUUAGCAAAGGAUUUAACAGAGUAUCUUAAAGUGAGGUCACAUGACCCUGAGGAAGCUAUUAGACAUGAUGUUAUUGUGUCAAUAGUUACAGCUGCUAAAAAGGAUAUUCUUCUGGUCAAUGAUCACUUACUUAAUUUUGUGAGAGAGAGAACAUUAGACAAACGGUGGAGAGUACGCAAAGAAGCCAUGAUGGGACUUGCCCAGAUUUAUAAGAAAUAUGCUUUACAAUCAGCAGCUGGAAAAGAUGCUGCAAAACAGAUAGCGUGGAUCAAAGACAAAUUGCUACAUAUAUAUUAUCAAAAUAGUAUUGAUGAUCGAUUACUUGUUGAACGGAUCUUUGCUCAAUACAUGGUUCCUCACAAUUUAGAAACUACAGAACGGAUGAAGUGCUUAUAUUACUUGUAUGCCACACUGGAUUUAAAUGCUGUGAAGGCAUUGAAUGAAAUGUGGAAAUGUCAAAAUCUGCUCCGACAUCAAGUAAAGGAUUUGCUUGACUUAAUUAAGCAACCUAAAACAGAUGCCAGUGUCAAGGCCAUAUUUUCAAAAGUGAUGGUUAUUACAAGAAAUUUGCCUGAUCCUGGUAAGGCUCAGGAUUUCAUGAAGAAAUUCACACAGGUGUUAGAAGAUGAUGAGAAAAUAAGAAAGCAGUUAGAAGUGCUUGUUAGUCCAACAUGCUCCUGCAAGCAGGCUGAAGGUUGUGUGCGUGAAAUAACUAAGAAGUUGGGCAAUCCCAAACAGCCUACAAAUCCUUUCCUGGAAAUGAUCAAGUUUCUCUUGGAGAGGAUAGCACCUGUGCACAUAGAUACUGAAUCUAUCAGUGCUCUUAUUAAGCAAGUGAACAAAUCAAUAGAUGGAACAGCAGAUGAUGAAGAUGAGGGUGUUCCAACUGAUCAGGCCAUCAGGGCAGGUCUUGAACUGCUUAAGGUACUCUCAUUUACACAUCCCAUCUCAUUUCAUUCUGCUGAAACAUUUGAAUCAUUACUGGCUUGUCUGAAAAUGGAUGAUGAGAAAGUAGCAGAAGCUGCACUACAAAUUUUCAAAAACACAGGAAGCAAAAUUGAAGAGGAUUUCCCACACAUCAGAUCAGCUUUGCUUCCUGUUUUACAUCACAAAUCUAAAAAAGGACCCCCCCGUCAAGCCAAAUAUGCCAUUCAUUGUAUCCAUGCGAUAUUUUCUAGUAAAGAGACCCAGUUUGCACAGAUAUUUGAGCCUCUGCAUAAGAGCCUAGAUCCAAGCAACCUGGAACAUCUCAUAACACCAUUGGUUACUAUUGGUCAUAUUGCUCUCCUUGCACCUGAUCAAUUUGCUGCUCCUUUGAAAUCUUUGGUAGCUACUUUCAUUGUGAAAGAUCUUCUCAUGAAUGAUCGGCUUCCAGGAAAAAAGACAACUAAACUUUGGGUUCCAGAUGAAGAAGUGUCACCUGAGACAAUGGUCAAAAUUCAGGCUAUUAAAAUGAUGGUUCGAUGGCUACUUGGAAUGAAAAAUAAUCACAGUAAAUCAGGAACUUCUACCUUAAGAUUGCUAACAACAAUAUUGCAUAGUGAUGGAGACUUGACAGAACAGGGGAAAAUUAGUAAACCAGAUAUGUCACGUCUGAGACUUGCUGCUGGGAGUGCUAUUGUGAAGCUGGCACAAGAACCCUGUUACCAUGAAAUCAUCACAUUAGAACAAUAUCAGCUAUGCGCGUUAGCUAUCAAUGAUGAAUGCUAUCAAGUAAGACAAGUGUUUGCCCAGAAACUUCACAAAGGCCUUUCCCGUUUACGGCUUCCACUUGAGUAUAUGGCAAUCUGUGCACUUUGUGCAAAAGAUCCUGUAAAGGAGAGAAGAGCUCAUGCUAGGCAAUGUUUGGUGAAAAAUAUAAAUGUAAGGCGGGAGUAUCUGAAGCAGCAUGCAGCUGUUAGUGGUAAGCAUAUAAGAAAAUGAAAAGGAUACUUUUUCAGCCUGCUAGUUUUAGUUUUAUAGAAUACA